AUGAUAAUUAAAAAUGGACUGCCAGUUCAAACUGAAGGUUGGGAAAAUGUUGCACCUACAAUUGUUCAAGCGAUAGCUAUUCAACUUACUGAUACUGAAGCACAAUGCCAAAAUCUUGCUAAAAAGCUUUGUCUAUCACAAGAAAAUAAAUUAUUAGAGCAACUAAUAAUGAAAUAUUAUACCAAAUGUGUUUACACUGCUAUUGCUAGAUGCCAAAAUCCUACUAUUGAUAAUCCUACAGAUAAUGAUCUUUUCUUUAUACAAACAGAAGAAGUAAUUGCACAUCUUUCUAAUAAAUAUUCAAAUUGCUGGCCCAAAGUAUGCUGGAUUAGUACAAAUUCAGAUAUAGAAUUAGAAACGCCUAAUUUAAAACUAUAUCAUAAAAGUCAAAAAGAGCAAUUGUUAAAUUUUCUUUGCAAAAUUAUAGAACUUAAAGGAAAUUAA